AUGCAGAAAGGUAAGCAUCAUGGAACAAAACUAGUGAGCCUCUUGAUAUUGGCCUCUUCCGUGGCUAUAUGCUUCCAUCCUUCAUGCAAAAAGCUACGUAAUUUAUCACUCCUCACCUCUCAGUUUUCUUCAGAUCACAACAACAGCAAACUUACCUUCACACAGAUCCUGGUAGCCUCUUCCAUCGGGAUCAUCAUCGCCGCUGCGGUGCAUUACCGUCUGCGAAAGCUCAAGGAUCAGAAGAUCAUCCCACGCCUGAAAAUAUCUGACUCUAGCCGUGUUCAACACAAGCUUGAAAGGUUCCCUCAUUAUGUAGCUAGGCAGCUGGGAUUUAAAGACAGAAGAGAAUGUCCACAUCUCUGCAAGUUAGCCACUGAAUACAUCAGAAAAUUUGAAGGGUUUGAGGAUGAUAUCUAUAACUUCUUCUCAAGUGAACCGGAUGCCGAUUCGCUGUUUGUGAAGCUUGUGGAGGAGUUUGAGAGAUGCAUCCUCAGCUAUUUUGCAUUUCAUUGGAGCCUAGCUGACCUCAUGAUUAGUCAGAUCUUGAGCUGUGAUGAGCCCAAAAAGAAGCUCAAGAACAUUGUCAUGGCAGCAACCAGAGAACAGAGAUUUGAGAGGGUGACGAAAAAUUUGAAGGUGGCUAGAGUUUUCACAACGUUAGUGGAAGAGAUGAAAGCAAUGGGACUGGCGACUGCGGUGGAUGACUCGACAUGUACAGAGGUGAUGGCUCCAGUAGCACAUGCUGAUAGAAGUCCAGUCCUCCUCCUCAUGGGAGGUGGAAUGGGAGCAGGGAAGAGCACUGUGCUAAAGGACAUCCUCAAAGAAACAUUCUGGGCUGGAGCAGCGGGGAAUGCAGUAGUCAUUGAGGCAGAUGCCUUCAAAGAAUCAGAUGUUAUAUAUAGAGCCCUCAGCUCUAGAGGACAUCAUGACAUGCUUCAAACUGCUGAACUGGUACACCAAUCAUCUACAGACGCAGCAUCAUCACUCUUGGUCACAGCACUUAAUGAAGGGCGGGAUGUGAUCAUGGAUGGCACACUCUCUUGGGUACCAUUUGUUGUGCAGACAGUAACAAUGGCGAGAAAUGUCCACCGCCGCCGUUAUCGGAUGGGACCUGGUUACAAGGAGGGUGAAGAUGGAACUGUUAUCGAAAACUAUUGGGAACGACUGGACGAUGAAGAACCAGAACAAGUAGGAGGCAGAAAGAGAAAACCAUACAGGAUAGAGCUUGUUGGAGUUGUGUGUGAUGCUUAUCUAGCUGCUAUAAGAGGCAUAAGGAGAGCUAUCAUGUGUAGAAGAGCUGUACGAGUAAACUCACAAUUGAAAUCCCACAAGAGAUUUGCAAAUGCAUUUCUAACAUAUUGCCAACUGGUUGACAACGCAAGACUAUAUUGCACAAAUGCAUUGGAAGGUCCACCUAAGUUGAUAGGAUGGAAAGACAAAGACAGAACCUUGCUUGUUGAUCCAGAUGAAAUUGAUUGCUUGAAAAGUGUGGGCCGAUUAAAUGACACAGCGAAUUCCAUAUACGAACUUUACAAGCACCCUAACCCAGCUUGUGAAACUGGGUCAAUCUGGAAGGACAUUGUCUUAUCACCUUCAAGAUUAAACAUUCAAAAAGAGCUGAAGUACUCCAUCCAGAAAGCUGAAAGAUUGAAACGAUAAACCAAUGGUCCCAGCCAUGUGCGUUUUAAACUUCUUAUCUUCACAGCACAGAUCAGAAGAUGGAGACUGAACAAAGCAUUG